AUGGAUACAUUGAAUAAAGCAAACACAAGCUUUGCUCUUGACUUUUUCAAGAAGCAAUUGCAGGAAGAUGGUGACAAGAAUAUUUUGUUCUCUCCUUGGAGUAUUUCAUCUGCCCUGGCUACUGUUUAUCUGGGAGCCAAAGGUAACACUGCAGAUGAGAUGGCAAAGGUACUUCACUUCAACACAGCUGAAGAUGCCAAAAAUGUCACCACAACCAUAAGAAUGCAGGUCUAUGCCAGAACAGAAGACAGUCUAUCAAAUCGACGUGCAUGUUUCCAGAAGACAGAGAUUGGCAAAUCAGAUAAUAUCCAUACUGGAUUUAAAGCACUCAGCUUUGAAAUCAACCAACCCACUAGAAACUACCUACUUAAAAGUGUCAACCAGCUAUAUGGAGAAAAAUCAUUGCCUUUCAGUAAGGAAUACUUAUUUUUAGCCAAGAGAUAUUACGGUGCAGAGCCACAAUCAGUCAACUUUGUGGGAGCAGCAGAUGCAGUCAGGAGAGACAUCAAUUCCAGUGUUGAACAACAGACUGAAGGUAAAAUCCAGAAUCUGCUGCCUCCUGGAUCUGUAGAUUCACUCACCAGGCUAGUCCUGAUAAAUGCACUCUACUUCAAAGGAAACUGGGCAAUAAAGUUUGAAGCUGCAGCUACCAGGCAAAGGCCUUUCAGAAUAAACAUGCAUACAACUAAACCAGUGCCCAUGAUGUACCUGAGGGAUAAAUUUAACUUAAACUACAUAGAAUCAGUUCAGGCUGAUGUUCUUGAGCUUCCAUACGUCAAUAACGACCUCAGCAUGUUCAUCCUGCUACCAAGUGACAUCUCCGGUUUACAAAAGCUAGAAAGAGAGCUGACUUUUGAAAACUUGUCUGCAUGGACAAAUCCAGAACUAAUGGAGAAAAUGAACAUGGAAGUUUAUCUGCCCAGGUUCACGUUAGAAGAGAAAUAUGACCUCAAAUCUACUUUGAGCAGGAUGGGGAUACAAGAUGCCUUCACAGAAGGCCAAGCUGAUUUCACAGCAAUGUCCAAGACUGGUGAUCUGUUUUUGUCACAAGUUUUCCACAAGUGUUACCUGGAAGUCAAUGAAGAAGGCACAGAGGCAGCUGCUGCCAGUGCGGCAACACUGGCAUCACGAAGUCUUGGUGCUACUAUUAUCUUUUUGGCAGAUCACCCUUUCCUUUUCUUUAUCAGGCACAACAAGACCAAGACUAUCCUCUUCUUGGGAAGGUUUUCUUCCCCCUAG